AUGGACUGGCUGCUUGCCUUGGGCGUUGUCGCCGUCGUGAUUCCGACGCUCUACCUUUACACGGUGUCGGUCGUGGCGACGCGCUUCCCGACGCUACAGAACAAGCGCAUCUGCCUCCUGAUUGCGCAUCCCGACGACGAGGCCAUGUUCUUCGCCCCAACGGUGCUGGCGCUCGCGCGCCCAGAAACCGGCAACCACGUCAAGAUCCUGUGCCUGAGCAGCGGAGAUGCCGACGGCCUCGGCGAGACGCGGAAGCGGGAGCUGGCUAAAUCCGGGCUCACACUCGGCCUGCGCAAAGCCGACGACGUCUUCGUGGUCGAGAAACCAGAGUUCCCCGACAGCAUGACGGCGACGUGGGACGCGACCGCCAUCUCGUCCCUCUUGUGUGCCGCCUUCGCGCCGCAGCUGAGUCGUUCGCGCGACUCAGGCACAGCACCGACGGCCUCGAUCGAUGUUCUAAUUACCUUUGACGCCGGCGGCGUCUCGGGACAUCCGAACCACAUCUCGCUCUACCAUGGCGCCAAGGCCUUUGUAGCCGCGCUAGUGGCCGGCAAGGCUGGCUGGGCGCCGCCCGUGGACCUGUACACUCUGGCCACGGUGCCCCUGGUACGCAAAUACGCCGGAUUUUUGGAUGUGGGGGCGACCUUGGUGAGCUGGGCAACUGGUACCCAGAUGAAAGACAAGAAGCAUCCUGGCGGACUCGUCUUUCUCACGGGGCUCGCCGGCCGAGGCAGCAUCCGUACGGCAUGGAAAGCCAUGACCACGGCACAUAAGAGUCAGAUGGUAUGGUUUCGAUAUGGAUGGAUCAUCUUAAGCAGGUACAUGUACGUAAAUAAUUUGAAGCUGGAGAAGAUCAAGGGCCGGUGA